ACAUGGGGGUUCUUAAAUUUUAUUGAUAUGGAAUUUAGUGGUUCAGAGCCUCAAACAGAUUUGCAAUUUGCCCUGCUAGUUUGUGCUUCUCACCAUGUAAUGCAUGUGGCCAUUUCUAUUGUUUAUGGAGCAGGGUUGCUAAGUUGAAAAAUUAAAAUAGGGUUUUCAAAGAAAUGUUAUUCAUUCUGACUUAAUUUGUUCCUCUGGAAAAUUCAAGUGCCCAAUACUGUGCUUCUAUUGCUAAUUUCAUUAAUUCCAGAUAUUGAUAUGGUGUGAUAUCUUGACUUAUUUUCUUUUCCUGGUUUUUCUAUCACAGUACUCUUCAGUGGUUUCCUACCUUUGGGUUAGUGUUUGCUCUAUUUCACUUUCUUAAUUGUAAGAAUUUAUGUUCAAUAAUAUAGUGCUCAUGCUAGAUAUUUUGGAAUGCAGAUCAUAUAAUCAUAAGAACUGUUUCAAGUCUAAUGGUGGAAUGUGAAGUGCAUUUUACAUAUUUUAUUUUUAAAUAUUUGGUCUAACAGCUAGGUCAUCCUUCCAAUAUCUUUUCCUCCACAGUUUGGUGGGAUGUGAUCCAACAACCUCACUAUAAAAAGCAUCACUGAACUUUAGUAUCUAAUGUAGCUUUCGUAUUAAUGAUACCUUGUGGAUAUAAAGAAACACAUUUUGUAACUUACAUUUUUGCAAUUUGAAGUUUUAUUUUUACCCAUUUUAGUUCCAUCCACUUCAAGAUGAUUGGACAGCUCAAGUAAUAAUUGAAAUAAAAGUUGUAUACGCUU